GACUCCUUGGUAGAGAUCUUCGGGUUGUUGAAUAUCUUGGACAUCUUGUCCGUUAAUCUCGCCACCAGUUCUUUGAUGAAAUAAAGCUGAAUGAGCAGUGCCACGACACGUGUGAAACGGCUUAUCACCCGCUAUUUUAAUCAGCUUCUCCGAGGCUGUCAGAACUCUCGGUGCCAAAAUCCAAAUUGUGCAUCAUCAACCCAAUUUCAACAUUCCCGUUUGACGCCCAAUCAGGCCGCUAUUUUAGCAAUACAGCUAACUACCAACCAAGCAGAACUGUGCUAUCCAGAUGAAGCAACGACUGACACUUGCUCCGAAAAUAUGCCGUUAAACACAGAGGACCAUGAUGUUACAGAGCAACAUAUUGAUGCAACCGAAUCACGUCAAGUGACAGCUCCUGAUCACGCCACUUCCAGCACAUCCAAUCUCAGUUCUUCAGGUGCGCUUACUGCAGCUGUGGACGCUAGUUCACUGAGCAAUGUAAUUGAGGAUGAAGAGUCUUCUCGAACCUCUUUUAUGACUCCCGGUGAAGUAACGAGGCUCCUUAUGUUUUUAUUUGACGCAGCGGACAACGAAGACGUGGCUCAACCACGUUCAUCUGAUAAUCAAACUGCGUUGACCGAUGCAGAAGAAAACCAGUCUUCCCACUAUUCGAGCCUGUUUUCUCCAAACUAUGGAUGCGGUGCGUUUCUUGAUGCUGCUGCUUCGGGUGCUAACACAACUGCACGACCGUCAUCCUCAUCCCUCACGCCAUUUCUAAGCAGCGCCAAUCCAAGUUCAGACGCCUUGAAAAGUUUCCUGAACAACACUAAUCCAAAUAGCAAUUUGGCUUCACUUGUGUCUUCACUGAACACAAUACAAGAACGGGAAUCCAGAACGCGUGGUCUAACUCUGGGCGAGUUGAAAGAGACCCUAGAUAUUGGCAAAGAACAGGGUGACUGGUCUCAUCUGAUUUCGCUCCUCAGUGCGGUGUUCAGUUCCUACGAAGCUCUAUCUUCAAGUUUUUUAGCGGAAUCUCAGAGGGUGGCAGAUGAUUCAGACCUUCUGGUACAUCGAACCAAUGCAAAAAAACCUCGGGAAGACACACGGACCCAAGAUGUUAUUCCCAUGGACGUGUCAGUCUCCAUUGGUGAGAUAAUAAGCGAAAUGGAUCAACAUGCAGUGGGUAAACCAACUGCUGAUAACCGUUGCGAAGGUUCUGUCGAUCGUCAAGACACCAAAACUUCUCUUGUCGAGGAUCUUCCUGUAUCUGGGGAUGCGGACACGGAAUCAACUGCACCGCUACCGCCGGUCAGCAUUCCGGACGUUAGGCUGGCUUGGUCGUUGAUAUCCAGUAUACCUGAGCAGCAGAAUGUGGUUGACGUACUUCUCCGAGCUGUGCGCCGGUUGGUUGUGGGUAGCCUAUAUCAACUCCUGGUUUCUCAAGCCCCGGAUGGGUUGGGAGACAUAGACCCUCCUCCAGUGGUGCGCAACACGCAACAAAGGUUAUUAAACCUGUUUUGCAUUCUGUAUGAAUGCCCGUUUGCCACAGAUCCAUUGCAUUUCGAUCGAACAGUAUUUGGUCUGUUCUCUCACAAUUGUCCUUCCUUUUAUCGCCGUCUUUUUCGUCAGCAUCUCUUGCUGAACAUCAAUCGGGCGGUGACCUGGUUGCCAAUAUCUCUACAAGCCCGUUUAUGUCAUAUCUGGGCGGACACCGUUCGUUUACCCUUGGCUAACUGCACGACGCCUCCGGCCCCGGAACAUACCAACCUAUGGUCACUGCAAAGUAUUUUACAACAAAAUAUCACUCUGCGCUGUCUAACUACUAGCCAUGGCGUACCAAACGAAGACAAACAGCUAUGUGAAGCUGCACUUGUACUUCGCAUUGUCUACUAUGCCAGUCUGUUAGCUGGUCAAAUGGACAAGAAGGAGUUGCUCGAACGGGAAGCAGUGGAAAAUCGCGAUUUUGAGCUGCUGAUGCGAGCUCACAGAAGCCACGAGCCACGCGUCGGUCGUUCACGAAAUGGCACAGUUGAGGAUCCGUUGGCCAAAGCCUUGUCUCUAUCUCCCAAUGACUGCCGUCAUCCGUUUAUUCCUGCCAAAGACUUUAUCAACGAAACUCUAAAUGAACAUUUGAAGGUUGGCGUGUUCACUGAGAAUAACCGUGACAAUAAGGAUGACGCGUUAGGUCCACCAGUUGGGACUGAUGACUCCGUUUGUCUUCUGUCGGUUUUGGCAGAAACAGAUGCGCGUCAACAGACGCUGACAUCCUCAGGUAGCCUGAAAUCAAUCUUCAAGUCUCUACCUGAGGUGAAACCAUUGGCGGCUAAACGUGACUACGUGAACUACCGUUCCAAGGACACUUUCGGUGAGCUCAGUUUCAUGCGAUUGCCGUUCCUCCUGCAAACCGGUUCAAAAUCUGUGCUUCUUUACUAUGACAACCGGAUGCGUAUGCUGGAUGAGCAGCGCGGCGCCUUUCUACAAUCGCUUUUCGUGGACAAUCCGGAACUACCUUAUCUGAAGAUACAUGUUUCCCGUGAGCAGAUUGUCGAAGGAGCACUGUUGGCGUUGGAGAUUACCUGCUCCGAGAAUCCUGGGGAUCUAAAGAAACAACUUCGGGUGGAAUUCGAAGGGGAACAGGGAGUGGAUGAAGGCGGUUUGAGCAGAGAGUUUUUUCAGCUGAUUAUUGAAAAAGUUUUCGAUCCGGUGUACGGUAUGUUCGUGGCUAACGACGAAUUGGGAACCUACUGGUUCAAUCCGGUCCCACUGGAUGACCUGGAUCGUGAAUAUUUCCUUAUUGGCACCUUGCUCGGUCUUGCCAUCUACAACGACAUCAUUUUGAACGUUUGUUUCCCAUCUGUGCUUUAUCGAAAACUAUGUGGAAAGUUGGGGACGUUUGAAGACCUCGAAGAUGCCAACCCGGAUCUUUAUUCAGGUCUGAGAGCGUUACUCGAUUACACGGGGGACGACGUCGAAGAAGCUUUUGGCUGCAACUUUGUGGUUGCCUACCAGGACCCGUUUGGCAACACUUUAUACCAUGAGCUUAAACCAGAUGGGACGAACAUACAUGUCACAAAAGAAAAUCGUCAGGAAUUCGUGGACCUGUACGCCAACUUUCUGCUGAAUGAAUCGGUGAAAAAAUCGUUCAACGCCUUUCGCCGUGGAUUCCAACUGGUUGUAGACGAGAGCCCACUCAGUUUUCUUUUUCGCCCAGAUGAGAUCGAGCUACUAGUUUGUGGAAGUCGGUUUUACGACUUCAAGGAACUGGAACGAGUCACAACUUACGAAGACUACACCGUCGAUUCACCUGUGAUAAAGAAUUUUUGGGAUGUGGUACACAACAUGACCACGGAUCAGCAACGCCAGCUGUUGCAAUUUUGCACGGGUUCUGAUCGCAUCCCAGUCGGAGGUAUGGCCAAGAUGAAAUUUACUAUUGCCCGUCAGGGCGCAGACACGGAUAGGCUGCCCACUGCUCACACCUGUUUCAACAUCCUUCUUCUUCCUGACUACCCUUCUCGCGAAGAGUUGGAACGCAUGUUACUUUUGGCUAUUACUCACUGCAAAGGAUUCGGCGUUUCUUAGCUGCUGCCUAACUGCAAUCGAUCUACGCCAGAUUGCCUCAAUUACCCCCACAUCCCCCUUCCGCAGCAGGGCUUGUAAAUACAAGUUGUCGUUCGACUGUUGAUCGAUUUGAGCGACUUGCAACGGUAGAACUCGGCUUAAAAGUUUUUUUCUCGGGUUCAUACCGAGGGCCUUGCUUGUUUUCGAUCUCCAACCCUUCACACCGUUGCUGUCGUCGUCUUGCGCGUGCUCGGCCAUGCGUGUUUCACUUCGCUUCCCUCGAUUCGUUCCUGUGUUAUUACUGGUUCACAAACAAUGAGUAAACGCCUCACUAGAUUUGUCGUUGCUUGCCGCCUCUUCAGGCUCUAGUUGUAAUUCUAUGAGGAGGACCCUAUAUAGUGUAUCGUUUGUUGAAACCACAAAUAGAACACGUGAGCCGAUGCACCAGGAUGCUUUUGUUAUUGUUAUUUCC